CAAGACUAAAUUGGUUUGUAAAAUAUGACAAUUUAAGAAAUAAAGAUUUUUUCAAGAGUGAAGUUGUUGAUGGUGUGGGACUGUGGAAUCAUAUUAAGUCUUUGUAGCUCAUAAGGCAUGGAGGUUUUUUCAUUUGUAACCUCCAAACUAAGGGUAGCAAAUCAGGUCAGGCUUAUCGGGGUAUGUCUGUUCUGCCCGCACUUUUCUGCGGAGUGGACCAAGGUUUUAGACUCCCACCUCUAAUAUGUUCGCCCCGCCCCACCCAGCCUGUUUGUUUUUUUGCAGGGUUUUGUGGGCAUAGACACUAACACGAAUUUUGCAAGUUUUAGCCUUUAAGGGUGCAAGACCUGCAUGUCCACCUCACACUGGUUUUUUUGCGGGGCGGAUCAAGAUUUUGGGCUUGCACACAAGACAGGUAGGCGGGCAUACCUACCGUUUGCCAACCUUACUCCAAACAAUAUUAUAAACCCUUAAAUAUGUUUGCAAUUUGCAUUAUAUUUUGAUUUCUUUAUAUGAGGCAAUUUGUUCAUAUCCCAGCUUACCUAAGCAAUUAAAGUUUAUUUCAUUUGGAAUUUCCAGAUCAUAGGUUCGAUAGAACCUAAACAAGUACAUUAAAAUACUACUAAACUUGAUAAUUUCCAUGUGGACUGACUAGGCAGAGGUAUAUUUAUUUCUAAAGAAUUUCAAGAUUCCCUCAACUAACAAACACAAAAAAAACUACAUAAAUGUUGUAACCUUUCAAAGUUCUCAAAGCUAACAAUCUACACCAAGCAAACAAAAGAUGAGUUUCAACAUGGAUGAAGCACCCAUUUUUGCUCCAUCUUUACCAGUACCAAAUGUUCAAGAAAUGGUGAAGAUGAAUCCUUUUCAAGUUCCUCUAAGAUACAUGAGGAAUCAAGAAGAAAUGGAGAAAGUAAAUUACAAGCCUCACCUUUCUUCUGAGAUUCCUGUCAUUGAUUUAACACUGGUUUCAAAUGGGAAUAUCGAGGAGAUGCAGAAACUUGACUUAGCAUGCAAAGAGUGGGGUUUCUUUCAGAUAGUGAAUCAUGGCGUGCAAAAAGAACUCAUGCAAAAUAUGAAAAAUGUCACAUACGAGUUUUUCAAACUUCCAAUAGAAGAGAAAAACAAGUAUGCAAUGCUCUCAAAUGACGUACAUGGUUAUGGACAUGCUUAUGUAGUUUCCGAAGACCAGACACUCGAUUGGACAGAUACACUCUUCUUACUCAUUUAUCCCAACCGCUUCAGAAAGCUUCAGUUUUGGCCAAAAACUCCGAAGGAAUUCAAGGAGAUUACAGAGGCCUAUUCAAGUGAAGUGAAACGAGUUGGUGAUGAACUUUUGAGUUCUUUGUCUGUUAUUAUGGGGUUAGAGAAGGAUGUUCUUGUUGGAUUACAUAAAGAAGUACUUCAAGGUUUACGCUUCAACUAUUACCCUCCUUGUAAUGCACCUGAGGAAGUGCUAGGUUUGAGUCCACACUCAGAUUCAAGCACCAUUACUUUACUUAUGCAAGAUGAUGAUGUACCCGGGUUAGAAAUUCGACACAAGGGAAAUUGGGUACCGGUUACUCCUAUAUUAGAUGCUCUAGUCGUCAAUGUUGGCGAUGUGAUAGAGAUAUGGAGUAAUGGAAAAUACAAGAGUGUAGAGCACAGAGCAGUGACAAAUAAGAACAAGAGAAGGACAUCUUAUGCGACAUUUUUGUUCCCUCGAGAUGAUGUUGAGGUUGAGCCUUUUGAACAUAUGAUUGAUGCUCAAAACCCCAAGGUGUACCAGAAAGUUAUGUAUGGAGAUUAUUUGAGGCAAUCCUUAAAAAGAAAGAUGGAGGGAAAAGCACACACUGAUGUGGCAAAGAUAAAGGAACAUCUAAUAGAGGAAUAGCAAAUUUAAGUAAAUGUACUGUUUGAGAAAAAAGGAUAGUUGAAAAGUUUGUAAAUUUUCUUGUUGACAAUUGUGUUUGCAUAAUGCUCAACGAAUAUCAUCAUGUUUGUUAAAAAAAUAUAUCAUUUACAUCAAAUAGGAUGGAGUUUGUAUUUAGAAGUUAUCGAAUUGACAAAUUUUAAACAACCAUC